UAUAGUAUAGUAAUCCUGUAACGCACGUAAUGCAGUACAAAAGGAAUUGAAGUAAACGAGUUGUGUGGCAUAACCAUAAGACUUGGUGCAGUGGCUAAGAAAUGACCAAAUAACCAACCUCUACAGCGACACAACAGAAACUAAGGUGGUCGUCGGUCGACAACAAUGGCAGAGCUUGAGAGCCCUGAGGUGAUGUCCAAGGUCAUAACCUUCCUGUCCUCUCUCCUCCAGCGCGUGGCAGAGUCCAACGACGUCACGUGCCAAUUUGAGAAGCAGAAGAUCUCCGUCUUCCACGGCCUCUCCAGGCCCACCAUCUCCAUCCAGGGCUACCUUGAGAGGAUCUUCAAGUACGCCAAUUGUAGCCCCUCUUGCUUCAUCGUCGCCUACGUUUAUCUCGACCGAUUCACGCAGCGCCAGCCCUUGCUUCCCGUCAAUUCUUUCAAUGUUCAUCGCUUGCUCAUUACUAGCGUUUUGGUCUCUGCAAAGUUCAUGGAUGACAUGUAUUACAACAAUGCUUACUAUGGUAAAGUUGGAGGAAUCAGCACCACAGAAAUGAACCUUCUUGAGGUGGACUUCUUAUUUGGUUUGGGCUUCCAAUUAAACGUGACACCCACAACCUUUUACACAUACUGUUCCUACCUCCAAAGAGAAAUGCUGCUCAAAUCCCCUCCACAUUUCCCGGAACUUCCUCUAAAUUUGGCAAGACCUCUAAACUUCCAUUGCUGCCUAAAUGAAGAUGAUUCCACCCAUCAGAAGCAACUAGCUGUUUAGGCACUUUUGCCUCUGAUUUUAUGUCGCUUAAACCUAUAGGAUUUCGGUAAUACUUCGAACAUGGGGAUUGUGAGAAGGUACAUUUGUUUGAAAAGAAACGUUAUUUAGUACACUGUUAUACGAUUAGGAUGACGUGACAAUGAAGAUCAGCAUUUUAAUUGCCACGUUAUCUCAGUUUUAUAUAGCAGUCUACUAAAUAUCAUUUUCAAGGAGUCAAACUUUCUCAUUUGAUUUCUCGGGCUCAUUGGUACAUGCUCUCAUUGUAUAGACUCAAGCUCGGUUUGCAUGAGUUCCUACAUAUUCCCACUUGUACUUGAUUAUGUUUUAAUAAUAUUGAUUUGGAUUUUCCGACUUGUUUAA